CGCUCCAGGACAACUUCUCUUUCUACAGGAAACAUACAAAGCUGCUCAUAGUGGGACUCUCGACGCUCAUGUUUAUGUGUGGCCACUUCUUCAUUCGACCUUCAGGGAUCUACUUCAUCAGACUGCUGUCUGAACACUGGAUAGUCUUCCCCAUCAUUGUCAUCGUCACAUUGGAAACCAUGGCUGUAUCCUGGGCCUAUGGGGCCAGGAGGUUUCUCGCAGACCUGAUGACCCUGUUGGGCUACCCCGUCUCUCCCAUCUGUGGUUGGCUGUGGCUCUGUGUGUGUCCAGUUGCGCUGCUAAUCCUGUUUGUGACCAUGACGGUUGAUCUCUGUAAGCAGCCCAUCACCUAUGUGUCCUGGGACUCGAGCACUGUGAGCUUCCCCUGGGACCCAGAACCCCUUUGGGAGUGGGGGCCAGACCUUUCAACUCACUUAUGGUGAAAGAGCCCAGUCAGCUCAUUCUCUUCCUGCCUGAAGACUCAUUCUGCCUUGGUUCCCCACCCGCCCUUCCCCUUCACAACUCUUCCUCUUCUCUUUGAGACUUUGAUAUUCUGAACCUUUUUCUCCAUCUCUCCGCAGUCAAAAGAGGUGCUUCAACAAUACCCAAUAUGGAUACUGCUCUUGAUGCUCACCAUUUUUGCCAUUGUCAUCCUCCCUGUCCCUGCAUACUUGGUAUACUGUCUCACACACGGGAUUCCCUUCAGGACCAAGAGCGGAGAUGGGCCUGUAACAGCCUCCUCAUCCCGACCCCUAAGUGAUGAGCUAACACCCAGUGAAGGUGAUGUUCAAAAGGAAGAAAUUCUACAAGGUGAUGAAACAAAGUAUCCAUCAACCUGUCAUGUGACUUCCUAACUUCAUUCAUUUGGCUUCACAUCACAUGUCCCUCAGAACAUCCAAUAGGCAACUCUUAAUAUCAGCUUGCAACUGUUGAUGUCCCUGGAUCCAGAACCACUGUUACUUCCAAAAGGAGGGGCAUUCUUUGGGGAGUUCAUGGGGUCUGACUUCACAGUCCCCUCCUGGGUCCCAUCUUCCCUGGUUACCACCAUCAUUGUGUUUUCCCA